AUGGCGGCCUCUGCAUGUAGCUGGAGUCUGGGGCCCUUGGGCCUCCACAGCAUCCCCCAUACUCUGUACAUGGUCCUCUUAUUAGUGCUGGUCAUGAUGAGCUUGGUGUUUGGUAAAUUUGAUCCUGCCAAUCAAGAGCCCCCUUAUCCAGCUCAGUUCGCCCGAUACCUGCGUUGCUAUCGGUGCCCCUUGGAGACCAAAGAGUUGGGGUGCCUUCUGGGAUCUGACAUUUGCCUGACCUCUCCUGGUGGCAGUUGUAUGACUCUCCUCAUCAAGAACAGCAGUGGUUCUGACAUCAUGGUGAGUGACUGUCGCCACAAGGAGCAGAUGAGUGACUGCUCAUAUACCCGUACUUCUCCAGUGUUCGGCUUUUGGAUAUUUUCUCAAUGCUGUUUCCGGAAUUUCUGCAAUAACCCACAGAACAGAGUGUUCUACACGCCGUAGAACUUCUGCAGAGACCUUUGCAGUGAAAUGCUGCCAGCUUCCAGCUAGCCUCUUGUUCCCACCUGGGCACAGCCGGCACAACUUCCAGUCCUUUCCACUAGCUCUCCUGCCUCAGGUUGACCGACCCCAGCCCCAGCUGCCUGUGGCUUGAUGCCCCUCAACAUCCCCGUUCCCACUUUGCCCGUCCCCAGACCUCUGGAGUUCUCCCAUCAUGUCCUCACAAUCUGACAUCUUCCCUACCAUCUUCUCCCACCUCUAAGGUUGCCUCUGCUUUGCUCUGGCCUCCCAUUCUCCUACUAUGUAUGGGCCUU